UUGUAGAACGUCUUUGCGAAUCGCGAAUCGUAAAUGCUGCGAAUUCUAGUUGUAUACUCGUAUAUCUAUUUUCUCGUGCGACACGUAUAAUGCGACUACUUCUUGCCGAUGAAUUUGUACUACCGAUGUUACCUGCGCUGAAUACUCGUUUUCUCGUGUAACCAAGUCUCUAUAUAUGUACUGUAUAUAGUUCUGGUAUACCCUGUGUAUAUUUAAUUCGUAGCUGUGUAACGUGACUGUGUAUAUUUGUGAGUUUGGGUAGAGUACUGCGUUUGCCGUGUUUUUCUCGAAAGCUCUGGAAUUUUCGAGCGAGACUCUCGUGUAUUCUUCAGUUCCACCAUUGGUUAAAUAGGCUUUUUUCUUUCGUACAACUCGGUUCCAGUGUGAUUUCUCGAGGAAACGUUGCAAGUUAUAGACGAUCUGUAGUUGCUUAUAUUUUUUCCGCAGUGUUAUGAAACUGUUUAGUGAGUACUGUUUAUUUUUGUUUUCCCCUAACGUUACUUAUGGGAUGUGUGUUGAUAGAUUUUAUAAAAUUUUGCAGACUGACAGUUGUCAAUAUAUCGUCAGAUUGUACUGUUGGACAAAAAAAAUUGUUAAUUAAAAAAAGAUAUCGGUCGUACAAUUAGUAUUGAGAUAUACGUGUUAAAUAAAUUCCACGAAACCCGUUACGGGAUCCCGUAUAAAUUCCACGUGGAGCUUUUUAGCCACGAAAGGGACCCGAGCCGUUACUCAAAAAUAAAGGAAGCCGAGCGAGCGCGUAAAAAAGGAAAGUCCAAUAGAAUCCGGAGAGAAUCCGUUAUGACCGUGACAGACGUCGACUGCGCGUCAAGAAGUUGAGAAAGUUUUGAAAAAGAAGGAACGACUGUGAAAUAAGAAUAUAAUAAAGAGAAAUAAAUAAAGCUAAAUAAAAGUAAUGCUUAGUGAAACUGCGCGAGCCUGAAUGAACGCGGAUAAAAAUAAAUUUCCUAAUUCCGUUCCGCAUGGUAUAAUCCUUCUGUAAACCAAUUAAUCCAGCAUGAUAGUAAAACCAACAGAGGCAAGCUCGAACAGCAGGAAAAAGCGUGACGCUCGUGCAUGAUAGUUUUUCUUUUUUCUCUACUCGGGCUUCGUCCAUCUAUUCUUCUCUUUUUCAUCGUCAAGCAUAAAGGUCAGACAUGCCCCUAACUAGAGCUGAGGUGCUGCUCGACAUGUACGGGCACGCGGAUGGAGGCAUUUCCCGUGCUUACAUCAUAUGCCUGGCUGGAAUGGCAGAGAAGGUGCGCGAGGCGUCGGCACGGGGCGACGCCGUGCGUCUCGCACGCCUCCUGGACGACGGCAUAAAACCGUUAGCGGAUGAGCACGCUCGUAGUCCUCUUCUAUUGGCUGCUGCCGGUGGUCACGUGGUAUGCUGCGAAAUUUUGAUUCAGCGCGGAGUGGACGUAAACGCCGCCGAUAGUUCGGGCGUGACGCCAUUGCAAAGAGCAGCGGCGGAGGGUCAUCUGGAUGUUGUGGAAUUGCUACUGAAACAUGGCGCUGACAUCGGUCAUCAAGAUACAGUGCAUGAAAAUUCAGCGUUGCACGAGGCUUCCUGGAGGGGUUAUAGCAGAACUGUGGCGGUGCUUGCCAAGGCACUUGGUACUCAAAGGGCUCCUCUUCACGCCAGAAAUCUUGCUGGAUUUGCGCCACUUCAUUUGGCCUGUCAGAAUGGACAUAAUCAGAGCUGCAGAGAACUACUAUUAGCCGGAUGCAAUCCGGAUUUACAAAAUAACUACGGUGACACUCCUCUUCAUACAUCAGCAAGAUACGGACAUGCUGGAGUCACCCGAAUUCUGAUAUCCGCUUUGUGCCGUGUUUCAGAGCAAAAUAAAAAUGGCGAUACCGCCCUUCAUAUUGCCGCUGCGAUGGGACGCAGAAAACUGACUAGGAUCCUUCUGGAAGCAGGGUGCGACAGGACACUUCGUAACAAGCAGGCUGAGACUGCGAAGGACAUAGCACGACGAAAGAAUCUCAGCGAGAUUCUGGUGAUAAUCAGUAAAGCUAGGAGCAGAAGUCGGGCACGGAGUAAGAGCAGAGAGGAUGAAGUACCAGUGACGAAAGUUGAAGAGAAAAGUGGCAAGGGCGAGAAAAAGCGAGAGAAGACCGGAAGUGGAACAAGUGGAAGUAGAGAUGGUGGUACUAAGAAAGAAAAGAAGAAGCACAAGGGAGGAAAGCAGCACAAGGUUCACUUUGAAAAAGCCAUGAUGGGAAGACAGUGGUCACCGUAUGGCUGCCAUUAUUAUCCUGAUCCUGAAGCUUUUCCUCAACCUCGUCUAGACUCCCUGCCACCGGAUCCUCUAGGAAGAGGUGAACAGUAUUACCUGGACUUGGCAGGAAACAUCAGAAAGGGUCCUGUAGGAGUUGGAUACACCUGCUACUGUGCUCCAUUCUUUAGACACAUGGAAGCCAAACUGGAAAGAGAUAAGGCCGAGUUGAAAGCUCACAUUGAUCAGGCCCACGAAAGACUCGACCUGAAGGUGGCUAACCUGGAGCGUAGAACUCGUGGGCAAAUUUCGGAGUUGACAAGAUGUGUGGCUGCAGAGAGAUCACGAUGUGACGAGAGACACUUGCAUCUCCAACAGUGGCUAUCCAGAGACGGUCAUGGCAGACAUAGUGAGAGGCCCAUGAGAACGAACGUGAUGAAUGACCAAGCUGGACCCACUAGAGCUAGAUCACUGGAGGAUCUAUUGGACGAUAGGCCGCAUGAUCGUAGCUUUGAGAUUCCUGGUGAGACUGCUAUUCACAGUGGCAGCUUAGAUGAUUUGGAUAUACCAGCUAUACCAAGACUCAGUAAAUCUAUGAGGGAUUUACCUUCUGGAUCUGGUAUGUCCAGACCCACCCUGAGAGUACUUGAUGUACCUGCAAGACUUAAUGAGACUUUUGAUGGGGUCGUUGGAAGGGAACGCUCUUCACCACUUGGUGCUAUUUCGCCUUGUAUUAGCUUAAGACAACAAGUAAUGCAUCAACAGGCAUCUUUACCCCACGAUAUAACUUCAAGUCCUUGUCAAGAUGACCUAGAGGACCUUAAUCAAAUCCCAGAGGAUAAUCCCGAGGGCUGGAGAUCCGCUCCAGGACGUCGUAGCGUCCAUGAAAUGAUAAAACGAUUUCAACAAGUACCUGGUAUGCAUAACGGAUGGCGAGGUCCACGUUCCAGAAGUAGCGAACCUGCCAGUCCUGAACACGGUCAAACUUUAGUAAAUCAAAGAGUACAACCACAGGGCGGACUGGGAAAUGGUUGGCUUGGAGAAGGCCAAGGUAAUGACAGCGAAAGUAGCGAGGGAGAAGAGGAUGUUGAUGAACAAUGCGAACAAGUUAAUGGUGCAUUAAAUGCAAAGGGCGUGGUAGUAUCUGAGAACGUGCAUUGCGAAACAAUUGCAAGAAUGCCUUAUAGAUCGCGAAAUGCAGUUUACAGCCCCACACCGCCAUUGCACGAUGCACAUAACGAUUCUGGUUACAGUACGCGAAUGUACGGAUCGAGUAAAGGUGCAUCGCCAUCUUUGUCGGGACAACUAGAAUGCGAUGUUAUCCUGCCAGCAUCGCAGGCACCGCCAUUCCCAAGUGAACAGUUGGCUGCACUGCUGGAGCAACCACGAGGGCACGAUUUGACUGUUUACGAAAGAGCUUCGGAUAAUAUUAUUAACAUUGGUGCUGCGAGUCUCGUGUGAAUUAAAGAUAUUCGAUAAAAGUCCACACGAAUGAAUA